AUGCUUUAAGUAGAUGAAUUAGAAAGUGAUAGGAUAUUUUAGAUGACUUUAAUUGAAUGCUUAGAAGCAAUAGCAAGAAUAGCUGAUAAAGCCUCUAUGCCAGGAAUUGAUGCAGUAGAUUUAACUUGGGAUUAAAGAGUUGUUUAACCACUUAAUUUAAAAUUAGAGAAGAUGAUAAUUCAAUUAGCGAAUACUUGUGCUUCUGAAGAAUAUAAAUUACAGUAUGGAAAUAUUAACAAAUCAAUGUUUACUGUUGUGGAAGAAGAUGAUUGA